GCUGGGCCUAUCACUGACGAUGUAUGAGGUCGACAAAAAGACCAUCCCAUCAUUUCAUCGACGAGCGUUAUUUGUCCUCAGCAAUCAUAUCUCCGAUCCGGGCACACGCAGCCUGGACGCCAUCAUGAGCGGUAUAAAACUAUGGGCCAGCUUUAUGGUCCUUCUGACCGCAUGGACAGGAGGAGCGGCGACGGAGCUGGCUAAGGGGAUCAAGAAAUGCGAUAACAAGGACGACCAAGUUGUGGAUUUUUCGCUUCUGGGCGUUUCGCCCGGGGAGUAUGGGAAAAAGGUUGUGAUGUUGAUCAAUGUCGCCACUUACUGAGGCUUGACUGUUGGCCAAUACCACGGCUUGAAUGCACUUCUAACAAAACUCGACGACAACUUCAGGGCGCUCGGCGUCCCUUGCAAUCAAUUCGGCUUCGAAGAGCCCGGGGCGAACCUCGAGGAAAUCAAAAAUGGCCUCAAAUACGUCAGACCCGGCGAUGGAUAUGAACCUUUCUUCAACCUCACCGAAAGGAUGGAGAUUAAUGGAGCAAAUGAAAGCAAGUUCUACACUUUCAUCAAGAGCCGGUGCCCCCCGGUGUCCAACACCAUAGACCCAGGCGCGCCUUAUCACUUGUUCUGGCUCCCUAUAAGGACAACGGACGUCCAGUGGAACUUUGAGAAGUUCCUGAUCGACAAGCGAGGCGUUGUCAGGUACCGCAUCAAAGACAACAUCGCGCCCGACGCCCCUGAGGUUACAGCUCUUGUUGAUGAACUGUUGAAGGAAGAAUAGGAUUACAAAUGUAUUUUUAUGAAUAAAGACAUAUAUUUUGUGAUUAUUUCCGCGGGGUGGCCCAAGUGUGUCUGUGGCAACCCUUUGCCUGUAACUUUCACAAGAUUUCUAACAUUAAUCUAAUAUAGCAACAACUUUCAGACAGAAUUUGUUCUUGGUCUUGGACCCUUUAAUUCAUACAACUUGCUCUAUCUGUAUUCUUAUUCUGGCUAUUUAUUCUAUCUCACUGUAUGAGGAGUAGUUUACUUUCUCCUGGCUAUGCAAAAACUUCAGAACCCAUUUAAAAUGUUAUAGUCCACAAACCUUUUUAACAUACUUUGAACACUACAUGAAAAAUCUGAUCGAAACUUUAAAGUGACCAGAUUUGGAUAGGUAGAGUAAAUUGUUGACAUUGUGCAUUCUGUCAACAAGAAAGCUGUACUGUGUUGUUAGUAUCGAAUAAAAAGAUCUUUGGUGGUUUUGAA